CGCUGUGUUUGUAUUCUCACAGGCCACAGAUAUGGAUGACUCAAAUAUAAAAGACUUUUAUUGGGAGAAUUACACCUGGGAUGACUUCAAUUACAGUUACAACACUGACAUGCCCUUUUCGCCAGACUCUGCCCCAUGCUGGCCAGAAUCUCUGGAUGUCAACAAGUACGCUGUGAUCAUCAUCUAUGUCCUGGUCUUCCUGCUGAGCCUGCUGGGAAACUCCCUAGUGAUGCUGGUCGUCUUAUACAGCCGGGUCAGCCGCUCCGUCACUGAUGUCUACCUGCUCAACCUGGCCAUGGCCGACCUGCUCUUCGCCAUGACCUUGCCUAUCUGGGCUGUCUCCAAGGCAAAGGGCUGGAUCUAUAGCACAAUCCUAUGCAAGAUGGUCUCACUCCUGAAGGAAGUCAACUUCUACAGUGGUAUUCUACUACUGGCCUGCAUCAGCGUGGACCGUUACUUGGCCAUUGUUCAUGCCACACGCACACUGACUCAGAAGCGACACUGGCGACACUGGGUCAAGUUCAUAUGCUUAGGCAUAUGGGCCUUAUCCCUGAUCCUGUCCCUGCCCAUCUUUGUAUUCCGUAGGGCCAUCCACCCACCUAAUUCUGGCCCAGUCUGCUAUGAGGACCUGGGUGCCAAUACAACUAAAUGGCGUAUGGUGAUGCGGGUCCUGCCCCAGACCUUUGGCUUCCUCCUGCCACUGCUGGUCAUGCUGUUCUGCUAUGGAUUCACCCUGCACACGCUGUUUCAGGCCCACAUGGGGCAGAAGCACCGGGCCAUGCGGGUCAUCUUUGCUGUCGUGCUUGUCUUCCUGCUCUGCUGGCUGCCCUACAACCUGGUCCUGGUGGCAGACACCCUCAUGAGGAUAGGGGUGAUCAAAGAGACCUGUGGACGCCGAAAUGACAUUGGCCGGGCCCUGGAUGCCACCGAGAUUCUAGGCUUCUUCCACAGCUGUCUCAAUCCCCUCAUCUAUGCCUUCAUUGGCCAAAAGUUUCGCCAUGGACUCCUCAAGAUCAUGGCCAUCCAUGGCCUGAUCAGCAAGGAGUUCUUGGCCAAGGAAGCCAGGCCUUCCUUUGUUGGCUCUUCUUCAGGGAACACUUCUACUACCCUCUAGGACCCUCACCCCUGUUGCAGCCCCACAGGGUUCCUCCCCUCCCAUCAGCACCCAAGCCUUAUGUCCACUGGCUAUUCACAGUCUCUGUGUUAAGACAGCCC